GGAUCGAUUAUAUAGUAAUCAAGCUGGAUCGAAGCGAGUCGGGGAAGAGCAAGCGAGGGUGAAGGCGACGGAGAGACCCGGUCUCAGCCGUAUGUACAACUCGGUCCCGGUUCAUGCACGCUGGGGGGCCCAAUGCGCCGCGUACCAAACCUUGGAAAAGUCCCCAUGAACGUGCGGUUUGACAAGGCAAUCCCCGCCAUCAGUAUCGAGAUUCUAUAAGAUCUGACAGUGAGACCCACGUAGCAUUUUCGAUCCCUCCCCCAUGUGGACCAGAUCUCCUUGCCUUCUUGUCGAUGCGGGGCCAAUUUUGACCCAUCAUCAUCCAUCCAUUCAUCCCCUUUCCAGCUUAAAAAGCAGGCAAAGUUAUCGAUGGAUAUAGCAGGUCCGGGCUACGACAAUGCCAAUGGCACGAUCCCCCAGAUGCUACCACCCUUCACUGGUGCUCCUGCCCACAACUAUGGCGGUAUACGCCUUGUCGCUUCCAUCUGGGUCUUGUCGGCGGUUGCCCUAGUCUUCCUCACGGCUCGUUGCUACUGCAAGUUCCUGAGGCACAUGAGGCUCUGGUGGGACGACGGCAUCCUCAUUGCCGCCUGGGUCUGCAUCACGGUUGAAUCGGCUCUGUUGACCUAUGCCGUCACCCUGGGCUACGGAUACCAUCUCGGCGAGCUACCACCAGCACUGUUCCCGUAUGUAUUCGAUGCCUUCAGGGCCAUCAACGUCAGCGGCACCUUCUCUCUCGUCGCCGCCAUCUGGUCCAAGACAAGCUUCGCCCUCACCCUUCUCCGCCUGACAGAAGGUCGGACCAGGGCCCUUGUCUGGUUCAUCAUGAUCUCCAUGAACAUCGCCAUGGGCCUCAGCGCCUUGUUCAUAUGGGUUCAGUGUACGCCCGUAAGGAAGUCCUGGGACCCCUUGAUCGAGGGUACCUGCUGGUCGCCUACCGUCAUUACCCGAUACAAUAUCUUCUCAGCAGCCUACUCUGCCUUUAUGGAUCUCGCUCUUGCCCUCUUGCCCUGGAAGAUUAUCUGGGGCCUCCAAAUGAAGAGGAAAGAAAAGAUCGGCGUGGCGGUAGCCAUGAGCUGUGGCAUCCUUGCCGGCGUCACCGGCAUCAUCAAGACGACCAAAAUCCCGGCCAUGGCAUCCGCAGAUCCAUACGACGGCAUCGACCUCUUUAUCUGGGGCAACGCCGAGUCGUGCGUGACCAUCGUCGCCGCAAGCAUUCCCAUCCUCCGCGUCCUCUUCCGGGACGUCAAGGCCUCAAGCCGGAGGUACUACCUCUCUGGCGAGGGGGAAACCGGCAGUAGUGCUGUUAGGCGCACCACUAAGAGAGGCAGCGCAUCUGCUGGCGCGAGAAACGACGACGGGAGUGAAAAGAGCAUUCUAGACGGAUCUUCGCAGGAUAAGAGCAUCAGGGGGGGGCAGGUGGUAGAGUUUCAGGACUGGAAGGAUAUCCAAAACUCUCGGAGUACAGGCUAA